AAUAAAAGCUCGGAGAGAAGACGACGCCGGACAGACGUUGUGUGUUUGCAGAGUAAAACGGAGCAGCAUGUUGAUGUGAGACACAAAUGUAUCCAUGAUCGUGUCUCGCAGAAACUGAGUGAAUGGACCACGGUGACUCGUACUGUUAAUGUUAUUUGUUAAAGAACAACGCUACUUUGGGACUUGGAUUUCGGUGCACGAAACGUCCGUGUGUGCAAGCAGAACCUGCGAGAUAACAGACAGGACGUAGCUGGGCAAUUUCCAACUUUUCGAUUGGGUAGAUGCCAGUGUUAAAGCUUUACUGCAUCAGCUUGGCUGGAGGACAUGUGAUUUGAUUUGAAGGUUUACAGUGACAGGAAAUGUCGAACAACAGCACAGCCAGUAUUUCUCAGGCCAGAAAAGCAGUAGAACAGCUGAAGAUGGAAGCCUGCAUGGAAAGAAUGAAGGUAUCAAAGGCAUCAGCUGACCUGAUGGCUUACUGUGAUGCUCACCUUAGGGAUGAUCCACUUAUCGCCCCACUGCCAGCUUCUGAAAACCCAUUCAGAGAGAAGAAGUUCUUCUGCGUCAUCCUCUGAUAGAUAUCAGUUGGAUUUGGGGAGAACAGGGUGGGGGGUUUGGAGUGAAGCAAGAACUACUGUGUCUAAACAGAAGAUCACAGGUGUUGGGAUUGUCACAUGUGCAUGCUGUAAUUAUUUGUUCCAGUUCUAGGGGAAUGAACCUUACUGAGUGUUUUACGUUUACUAUAGUUGUGCCAACACAGACUUGUUUCAAUUGCACAAUCAUAAAGGAUUUAACAGUAACUUCACUUUUUAAAAGAAGCAUAAGUAUUUAGAUGACUUUUUCUAACUAGAGUGUUUCUUGUUUUGUAUGUUAAAUAUAAAACGUUAAAAGCACAAUUGCCCGGUGGCAGCAAGUACUGGCUUUAGAGGGAAGCUACGUAUGUCCAUUUUAUUUUUACAGAUUAUACAGUGGAGACUGAACAACAGUAUUAAAUGUGCAUGCAAAGAGAAAAAGUACACAAGGCAUAUGUUCAAAAAUAUUUACUAUGAAGUUGGACUAUCAUUCAGUAACAAAAGUAACAUUUUAGGGGAAAAAUGCUCUUAAGGAUAAACCUAAUACAUUUCAGCUAAUCUGAACAUGUUAUUGACAUGCUUCCUAGUCUAACAUUGCCGUAACUAAAACAGAAUAAAUGCAAAUAUUAAAUAAGCUAGGGCAUGAAUGCAUGUCUGUAACUUAAUAUUUGUAGUACAGAAUUAGAUCAUUGAACCCAAUUAGUUCGUAUUUGUGUUUAUGUUCCUAGUAGGCCCCCUCCCAUUUUACUUCACCUGUCAGCAUUUCCAUCUGCUCCUCUUUCCCUCAUGUACUCUUGCAGAUUCUACUUACAUGUAUCUACAUUAUUCACAUCAGAAAGUCCUUGAUAGUUUGUUUUACAUUCAAACUCCUCUUAGCUAAAGCCAUUUCUUCUGAAUUCUCAAGUAGAUCUAUUAGUGAUAAUCUUAAAUUCAGUCGACAGUUUCAGUCUUCUCUAUGUCUAUCUGACGAAUCUUCUGAUUAUUUUGGAUACUUAUUAUCAGGUGGGCUCACUUCCCUAGAGAAGAGAACUCCAACCUGUUCAGCCUUUCCCCAGAGUUAGAAUUAGACAAUUUCAAGCUUGAAAUUGAAUCAGGCUGAUGGAAGCUUGGUGUCACAUCUGAUCCGGAGAUGACCCUCUGGCCGCCAUGACUAAGACUACCAGUCUUAUUCUAUUGCCCAACUCACUCCCGUUUCAUUUGCUGCUGAAAUCCGCAGCUAUGCUUCUGUCACUCUAGGCUUAAUUAUUUGAAAACUCUCCUAUCUGUACUCUGACUUUGAACCCUUCAUAAAUUUGAGGUUGUGCGACGUUUUUGCUGUGCCUUCACUUGCCACAGAUCCUGCUUAGCUAUUUGGCCUUUGCUGACUGACCUGUGUUGACUGUUGAUUGAUAUUAAAAUUCACAUCCUUGUUUUAAAGUCCUUCCAUGGUUUCACUCUUACCAGUGUAAUUUCCUCCAACUUCACAAUCCUCCAAGAUUCUUACCUUGCUCCAAUUCUGGUCACAUAAGCAUUCCUGAUUUUAACUGUUCCAUAAUUUAUGUAUAAUGCAUUCAGCUAAUAGGACCCCAGCCUCUGGAUAUUAUUCCAUAAUCUCUCUUACACUCUUUCUUUUAAUACAGUACAUUUCUUGAAAUCAGGUUUUGGUCACCUGGCCUAAUAUCCCCUACAUAUUAAAUUCUAUUUGCAAACUCUCCUGUAAAGUGCCUUGCAACAUUUUACUACAAACUGUUGUUGAUACACAUUGUCUCAACUGGGGAUUGAACUCAGAUAAGCUUUGUCACUCAAAUGGAUGAGGCUCACCUUUGGAUGAGAUUGUUAUGAUCAUGUGAGAAAGAGUUCACUUCUGGUUUGAGACAUCCCAGCAUAUCAGUGUUUAGAAAUUCUGCAAUUGCUUAAAUUCCUUCUAUUACAUUGGGGAGACAGUUUCUAAUAAUUUCUGUCCAGUACAUCCUUUAUAGUUAUGGUACACUAAAGCAGGGUGGGAGCUUUGUGAUAAGGAAAUUGUUCCAGGAGUGAGUGAAGACUAAAUUCAGGAAUAUUGAAAUUGAGGAUCAGUUAUUUCAGUUUUCCUCAAUGAAGUGACCAAUACAAUUCAGAUACAUUACAAAUAUCAUGAGAAUUUACUUAAAUGUGAAUUUGUGUUGACCAUUUUACAAUGGAGAAUUUUUUGCGAGGAGCUGCCCCUUAAAAACGCUAACAUUUAAUAGAAUACAUUUCAAAACUGCCAACAAACAACACACCAUUGUAAAACAAUCCCAGUGCACAAAACAAAUAAUUGCUGUACAUUCUGAAGUGGUACAAUACUUAACUUAAGGAUAUCAUGAUGUGAGCAGGCCACUCAGGCUUUUAAGAUUGUACAGAGAGGAGCAGCAGAACCUUGGCAUUUUAAGAUAAUGAAAUCAUCUUAAAUGAUUUUCAAAUGAUUCAUGUUCAUACAGGAAAGUGCUCACCAUAUCUCACUUUAUAAUUACAUUUUGAAUCAGUCCUGAUGCUAUGUUAUAUAAGAAUUAAUUAAGAAUGGUGGCCAAGUCUUGGGUCAAAGUAGGUUUUAAGGAGCAUUUUAGUUAGGCAGGCAGACAGAAAGUUUUAAGAAACAAAUUGUGAACCUUAGGGCCUGGACAUCUGAAAGCAUGACUGCCACUAAGGCCAGAUUCAUAGGAAUGCUGAGUUCACUAGGUUAUUGGGAUUCAGGCUACAGUGACGAAGGAGUGAUGAGGCCAAGAAUUUAAACGUUUGAAUAAGAAUUUUAAAUCCAAAAUAAAAGAAAAAACUGUGGAUCUUAAGGAAAAACAGACAUUGUUGGAGAAACGCAGCAGGCCUGGUAUUCUGAAAAGGGGUCACUGGACUGGAAGUGUCAACUCUGAUUUUUAUCCACAGAUGCUGCCACACCUACUGAGUUUCUCAAGCAAUUCCUGUUUUCGUUUUUGUUUUAAAUCCAAGGUCCAAGGUUGUGAAGGACGGAUAUAGGGCAAGAUGUUCAUAGUGAGACUAUAAGGUAUAGGAGCAGAACUAGGCCAUCGUUAAAUCAAGUCUGCUCCACUAUUCAGCCGUCGCUGAUGAUACUUCUCAUCCCCAUUCUCCUGCCUUCUCUUUGUACCCUUUAAUCCCCAUGGUUAAUCAAUAACCUAUCUAUCUCUGUCUUAAGUACACUCCAUGAUUUGGCCUCCAGAACCUUCUAUAGCUAGAGUUCCACAGAUUGACCUCCCUCUGGCUGAAGAAAUUCCUCAUCAUCUCAAUUCUAAAGCAUUCUCUCUUCACUUUGAGGUUGUGCGCCUAGGUUAUAAUAUUUCUUACUCAUGGAAACAUCUUUUCCAUGUCCACUGUAUUUAGGCCGCCUAGUAUUCUGUAAGUUUCAAUGAAAUCCCUCUCAUCCUUCUAAACGCCGUUGAGUACAGACCCAGAGUUUUCAACUGCUCUUCAAGUCCUUCACUCUUGGGAUCAUUCUUGUCAACCUCUGGACCCAUCCAUGACCCGAAUAUUGUUGCUUAGAUACAGAGUUCAAAACUGCUCAGAAUGUCCCAAAUCCAGUCUGAUGAGAGAUUUUUAUACAUUUUCAGUGGCACAUCACUGCUCUUGUAUCUAGCCCUCUUGAAACGAAUGCCAACACUAUAUUUACAUUUCUACUGUCAACUGAACCUGCAUCUGAACCUUAAGAAUCCUUGUUCAGGAUUCUCUUGAGUCUCUUUGUGCUCCGGAUUUCCAAAGCCUUUCCCCUUUUAGAAAGUAGUCUAUACCUCUAUUCUUCCUACCAAAGUGCACACACUCACACUUUCCUACACUGUAUUCCAUCUGGCAUUUCACUCAUCUCCUAUCCUGUAUAAGUUCUUCUGCAGUCUCCUGCCUCUUCAACACUACAUGUCCCUCACCCUAUCUUUGUGUCAUCCGAAAACUUAGCAACAAUGCCUUCAGUCCCUUCAUCCAGAUCGUUAAUGUAUAUUAAGAAUAGUUGUGGUUCCAACACUGGCCCCUGCGGAACUCCAUCAGGUGCCAUCCUCUAAAAUAUCCCUGCAUCUCCACUCUCUAACUUCUGCCAAUGAGCCAAGCCUCAAUUCAUGCCAGUAUCCUGCCUCUAACACCAUGGGAUCUUAUCUUACUGAGCAGCCGUCUGUAUAGCACCUCGUCAGAGGUCUUCUGAAUAUCCAAAUAGAUCACAUCCACUGGUUCUCUUUUGCCUAAAUUGCUCAUUACGUCCUCAAAGAAUUCUGACUGGUUGGUCAGGCAUGACCUCCCCUUGAGAAAGCUAUGCUGUUUUAGCCCCAAUUUACUACACCUUUCCAAGUACUUUGCAGUCUCAUCCUUAAUCAUGGAUUCUCUGAAAUCUUACCAACAACCAAGGUCAGGCUAACUGGCCUAUAACUUCCUGAUUUCCUCCCCUGUCCCUUCUUAAACAGGGAUGUUACAUUGCCAUUUUCUAGUACUCUAUUAAUCUCCCUGAUUCCAUUAAUUCCUGAAAGAUCACCACCAAAGCCCCCACAAUCUCCUCAGCUAUCUUCUUCAGAACUCUGGGGUGUAGUCCAUCUGGUCCGUGUGAAAUAGAGUCAUAGAGAUGGACAGCAUGGAAACAGACCUUACAGUCCAACUCGUUCAUGCUGACAGAUGUCCUAAAUUAAUUGAGUCCCAUUUUCCAGAAUUUGGCCCAUUUCCCUCUAAACCCUUCCUAUUCAUAUACACAUUUGUAUGUCUUUUAAAUGUGGUAAUUGUACCAGCCUCCACCACCUCCUCUGGCAGCUCAUUCCAUACAUGCACCACCCUCUGCACGAAAAGAUUUCCCCUUAGGUCCAUUUUAAAUCUUUCCUGUCUCACCUUAAACGUAUGCCAUCUAACAUAGAACACAGAAUUGUAUACUGCAGGAACAGACCCUUCAGUCAAUGAGGUUGUGCGAAACAUGAUGCCAAAUUAAACCGAUCCCUUCUGCCUGCCCUUGGUCGAUAUCCUUCCAAUGAUCGCAUAUUCAUGUGCUUAUCUAAAAGUCCCUUAAACGCCCCUAUCCACCACACCAGGCAGCAUAUUCCAGACUCCUACCACUCUCCAUGUUAAACUUGCCCUUCACAUCUCCUUUGAACUUUCCCCCUCUCACCUUAAAUGCAUGCUCCCAAGUUUUAGAGAUAUCAACUCUGGGUAAAAGAUUCUGACCAUCAACCCCAUCUAUGCAUCUCAUAAAUUUACUGACUUCUUAUCCUCUCAGCUUCUGCCACUCCAGAGAAAACAACCCCAGUUUUUCUAGCAUCUCCUUACAGCUAAUACAUUCUAUUUCAGGCAGCAUCCUGUUCUGCACCCUUUCCAAAGUCUCCACAUCCUUCUUGUAAUGUAGCAAUCAGAACUGAACACAACUGAAUGCUAGUUUUGAACUCCCCUCCCCUGGGGAAAUCACCUGGGCUAUUCACCCUAUCCAUGUCUCCCAUCAUUUUAUAAACUUCCAUAAGGUUACCUCUUAGCCUCUGACGAUCCAGGGAAAACAGCUCCAGUCUAUUCAGCCUCUCCCUAAAGCUCAAAUCCUCCUACCCGCGCAACGUCCUUAUAAAUCUCUUCCUAACCCUUUCAGGUUUAACAAGAGCUUUCCCACAGCAAGGAGUCCAGGAUAGAAUGCAGUAUUCCAAAAGUGGCCUAAAACAAUGUUCUGUGUAGGCACACAUGGCCUCCCAAUUCCUUGAGUCACUGCACUGACCAAUAGAGGUAAGCAUACCAAAUGCCUUCUUUACUACCUUUCUACCUGCAAUUUCACUUUCAAGGAACUGUGAAUCUGCACCCAAGGUCUCUUUGUUGGCAUCACUUUUCCAGGACCUUACCAUUAAGUAUAUAAGUCCUGCCUGAUUUGCCUUUCCAAAGUGCAGCACCUCACAUUUAUCCAAAUUAAACUCCAUCUGUCACUCUGACCGGUCCAUCUGAUCACAGUCUCAUUGUAUUCAGAUGUAACCUUCUUUGCUAUCCAUUUCACCACCAAUUUUGGUGUCACCUGCAAACUUACUAACUAUGCCUCCUAUAUUCACAUCUAAAUCAUUUACAUAAAUGACAAACAAAAGUGGACGCAGAUUGAACCUUGCAACACUUGUCGUGGGCCUUCUGAAUCCAAAAUGUAACCCUCUACCACCAAUCUCUGUUUCCCACCUUGACUAGUUCUCCCUGUAUUCCAUAUGAUCUAACCUUGCUAAUCAGUCUACUACAUGUAACUUCAUCAAACACCUUGCUGAAGUCCAUCUAGACAAUACUCACUGUCUGCCUUCAUCGAUUUUCUUUGUCACUUCUUCAAAAAACUCAAUCAAGUUAGUAAGAUACAAUUUCCCACACACAAAGCUGUUGACUAUCCCCGAUCAAUUCUUCCCUUUCCAAAUAUAUGUAAAUCCCUCAGAACGCGCUGCAACAAUUUAUCCAACACCGAUGUCAGGCUCACCGGUCUAUAGUUCCCUGGAUUUUCCUUACCACCUUUGUUAAUAAUGGCACCACUUUUGCCAAUCACCAGUGUUCUGGCACCUCACCCGUGGCUAUUAAUGAUACAAAUAUCUCAGCAUGAGUCCCAGAAGUCACUUUCCUACCUUCCCACAAAGUUCUAGGGUACACCUGAUCAGGUCCCAAAGAUUUACCCACCUUUACAUGUUUUAAGGCAUCCAGCUCCUCCUCUAAUGUAAUAUGGACACUUAUCAAGAUAGCAGUAUUUAUCCAUUUUCAGACCUUUCCGCUUCCCCAGCACUUUCUCCUCAGUAAUGGCCACUAUACUCACACAUGUCCGCUCAUUCUGUUGUUCUGGUGUGUUGUUAUCUUCCACUGUUACAACUGAUGCAAAGUAACAAUUCAGUUCCUCCACCAUUUCUUAGUUCCUCAUUACUACUUCUCCAGCCUAAUUUUCCAGAGGUACAAUGUUCACUCUUGCCUCACUCUUACCUUUUAUAUAUCUAAAAAAAACUCUUGCUAGCUUUUUAUUUACUAGUUACCUCAGCCUCAUAUUUCAUCUUCUUCCCCCAUUGCAUUUUUACUUAUCCUCUGAUGUUCUUUAAGGAUUCCCAGUAAUCUUCACCACAUUGUAUGCUUUCUUGUUCACUUUUAUGCUGUCCCUGAUUUGCCUUGUCAGCCAUGGUUGCCUCUUUUAAGAUAAAGGGUAGCAGAUCUAAAACAGAUACGAAGUCACUUCUCUCAAGAGGUCAUGAAUCUGUUGAAUUCAUUAACUUAGAAUAUGAUGGAUUCCAGGACAUUGAUUAUGAUGGUAAAGCAGCUCAGUGGUUUAGCACUACUGCCUCACAGCACCAGAGACCUGGAUUUAAUUCCAAUCUUGUGCAACUGUCUGCGUGGCAUAUAUACGUUCUACCCCUGUCAGUGUGGCUUUUCUCCAGAUACUCUGGCUUCCUCGCAGAGACCAAAGAUGUGGAUUGGCCAUGGAGUCCAGAGAUGUGGAGGUUAGGUGGAUUAGCCAUGGGAAAUGCAGGGUUACAGUGAUAGGGUAAGGACUGGGUCUGGAUGUGAUGCUCUUCGGAGGGUUGGUGUGGCCUCAAUGGAUCGAAUGGCCUGCUUCAUAAGGUUAAGGAGGAGAUGGAUAGAUUUUUAAUUAUUAAUGGAUUGAAGUGUUAUUGGGAGUGGGCAGGAACAUGGAGUUGAGGCCCAAAUGAGAUCAGGCAUGAUCAUAUUUAAAGGGGAUAAAUUAUCUAACCCUGCUCCCUAAGUUUUUAAAUAGUUCAUUUACAUGGAGGAUAAUCUGCAGCUGGAGCAAGAUGAGGUCAGAAUGCUGGACAUGGUCUAAUGAAUUUGCAACAAGGAGAUACAUUGGCGUAUGUUCUGGAAACAGAAAAUCUAAUGGAAUAUGGGACCUCCUUCCACCAUCUGAGAUCUUUUUGAUCUAAAAUCAACAGGAAUAAAUACAUAAUAUUCAGUAAUACAUGUCUUUCAGUUCUUCAACACAACCACACUGCGUCUGGAUGCUAAAUAUAAAUUGAUUAAAAAUUAAUUUCACUGUUUAACUUUUGAUCUGGUGAUCAUGCAUUCAGAUAACCGUGUGUCCAGUACUCAGCAAGUCUCACAUGAUACAAACCCAAUUGACUCGCUAUCCCUUUGAUAUAUUACAGCUUUGUUUUACACCAUUUCUUUCAACCUUUCAAAAAAACAUCUUUUUUGAAGAUCUACUUAGAAGUCUUUGCACCUGUUCUUGUUUAUAACAGAGACAUGUAUCUUUACAAUACUGUGUUUGUUGACCACUGACCAUAUUUGUAUGUACUUAGUGCUCCAAACAGCCCAGAAACAGACAUUUGAAGAAGGAUGGGGAAAUUCUUUUUGAAGGAAAAAUACUGAUUCACCAACCUUCUAGUAUUGUCUUGGAUUCUUUAAGAAUGAAAAUUUAAUGUCUUGUGCACUGCUGUGAGCCAUUGCAGGCCACUUAAAAAGAAUUGUGUUUUAAUUGUUUGACAUUGAUUGUAGAGACAGGAAACAGAUUGUUUGAAUGAAUGGGGUGGUUAGAAUUGGAAGAUUCUGUAAUGAAUUCUGCAGGAAUAUGUUCAGUUGGAGAUGUUAAGCCCUUGCACUGAAACUUUGAAAUAUGCUCAUUCUGAAAAUUGUCAGUGGAUUAUUGGUUAUUAAGAAAACACAAUUGUCUUUUGUUCUUCAUUAAAAUUGAAGCACUUGUGUAAAACUAGUCAGAUUAUUAAUUUCUGGAUUUUGCCUUCAAUUCAUUGUUCUCCACUUUGGACCAGUCUAUCUUGAUCUGGCUGUUUCCCAUUGGUUCAUCUGAUUAGUUUUUAAAUGAUUCUAGGACAUUCUGUCCACAGUCCGCCAGGAGUUCAUUCCAGGUCUUGCUCACUCUGUGUGUAAAAGAAUUUCCAGAUGGUGGACAGAAAAUGAUCUUUUCCUAAUCUGAGUUUAUGCUCUUUUGUCCUAUUCUGUUAGGUUUAAAGAUCUACCAUUUUCGUUCCCUUAUAUCUUCGCAUAUGAUUACCUCACAGGUGUUUCUUAUGGACCAUCCCUACACUGACUUCAGCCUAUCAAUGUUCUAGCUAUUUCUCAGGGUCAGAAUAGAAUUUGGACCAGGGGCCCAAGAUGUGGUCCACUGACAGCAUUAUACAUGAUUGGUGACAAACUCCCGACGUAAUUGAAAGCUUCAGAAAAAAAAAGACCUGACAGGAAAUGUUUAAUACCAAACUACUUCUAACCAGAAAUUUGAAA